CUCCCAGGUCCUCCUUCCCUUUCAAUCCCUUGUUUAAAUAGCUUCCCCUCUAAUGGCUUUGUGCCCUGGAAGCAGCACCUCCAGGCUCUAGCCAGAAGCACUCUCCCCAACAUGAGAGCCACAGCCCUCCGUGUGCCCAGGGCAGCUAGCCUCCUGCUUCUGUUCUCUUUCCGGCUGGACCUCGGUGUGGAACCCAAGGAGCUAAGAUUUGUGACAUUGGUGUUCAGGCAUGGAGACCGAAGUCCCAUUGAAACCUUUCCUAAGGACCCUAUUAAGGAAUCCUCAUGGCCACAAGGAUUUGGACAACUCACUCAGCUGGGCAUGGAGCAACAUUAUGAACUUGGAGAAUAUAUCAGGAAACGAUAUGAAAAAUUCUUGAACGAGUCCUAUAAACAUGAACAGGUUUAUGUUCGAAGCACAGAUGUUGACCGAACGUUGAUGAGUGCAAUGACAAACCUUGCAGGCCUAUUUCCUCCAGAAGGCAUCAGCAUCUGGAACCCCAACCUACUCUGGCAGCCCAUCCCAGUGCACACAGUCCCUCUUUCUGAAGAUCAGUUGCUAUACCUGCCAUUCAGGAACUGCCCUCGUUUUCAAGAACUUGAGAGUGAGACUUUGAAAUCGGAGGAAUUCCAGAAGAGGCUGCAUCCUUAUAAGGAUUUUAUAGAAAACUUGCCCAAACUUACAGGAUACCAUGGCCAGGACCUUUUUGGAAUUUGGAGUAAUGUCUACGACCCUUUAUUUUGUGAGCGUGUUCACAAUUUCACUUUACCCUCCUGGGCCACAAAGGAUGCCAUGACUAAAUUGAAAGAAAUAUCAGAAUUGUCUCUCCUGUCCCUCUAUGGAAUUCACAAGCAGAAAGAGAAAUCUAGACUGCAGGGGGGUGUCCUGGUCAAGGACAUCCUCAGUCAUAUGAAGAAUGCGACUCAACCAUCAAACCGCAGAAAGCUCAUCAUGUAUUCUGCACAUGACACUACCGUGAGUGCCCUACAGAUGGCGCUAGAUGUUUACAACGGAAUCCUUCCUCCCUAUGCGUCCUGCCACUUAAUGGAACUGUACUUCGAGAAGGGGGAAUACUUUGUAGAGAUGUACUAUCGGAAUGAGACUUGGCAUGAACCACAUCCCCUCACGCUACCAGGAUGCACCCUAAGCUGCCCUCUGAAGAAGUUUGCUGAGCUGGUUGCCCCUGUGAUCCCCCAAGACUGGUCCGCAGAGUGUGCCACGAGCAACCAUGAAGUUCUAAAGAUCAUCCUUGCCGUUGUCUUUUGCCUGGUGUCUGGUAUCCUAAUGGUGCUGCUGUUUACCCUCAUCCGCCACGGGCCCUGCUGGCAGAGAGACUCCUAUGGGAACAUUUAAACAGAGGACUCAAUAAGGGCAGACACACUAGGCUCCCUCCCUGGGAUGCAGCAUUUUUCAGUGAUGCAGUAUUCAAUGGACAGGCUUUUGCCUUGUGGACAUCACCCUGCAUUUUGAGCCUGCCUAGAGCAAGGUCAAAACUCGCCAUGACCCAGGGACAGCCGCCGGAUUGACUUAUGAACGCCCGGGGUACUUAGGUCUCCUCAUUGUUGAACCCAUCCUGGUGAAGGCCUCUUGUUCAGCUAUAGAAGGAAGCUCUUCUGCAAAGGAUAGUUGUAGUCUCUGGCACAGCUGUCCAGAGAAAAAUAAGUCAAACUCCAAUCAGGCUUUUGCCUUCAAAGAAUCAAAAAGUUAUAAGGGGUGACAGAGACAUAAAUUAAAGAAGGCUGGGUAAUAGGAAAAAUUAGACUAGAAGUAGUACUAUAUAGGAUGAUUCUUAAGAAAUAGGACUCAAUCAGAAGGUAGAAAUAAAUCUCUUCUUUAACUCUUAAGUAGGUUUAGUGCAAACACGCACACUCCUAAAAAGAAACUCCCACCCAGUGUCUGACAACUAACAGGUUUCUGUGUGUGUGUCUGGCUACUCACACACUUACAUACACCUAUCUACAUUACAAGUGGCUUAGGAAGAGGUAUUUUUCAGAAACUCUAGUAUCAACUACUUUAGCUGUUGAUAAUGUAGCUCAGAUUAUUUUCCCCACUAUUUGUAGGAUGGGGAAUAACAAGAAAGUUUAUGUAGCCA